AUCGCCGAGGCUCCACCAGCAUCAAACGGCAGGAAAGGUCUCUCCUUGCACUGUUCAAUCAGCCCGCCUAUCUCUCAUAAGCAAGCACGAUGCAUGUCAAGGCGGGAUUAUUAUUAGUCGCCUGGGCAAUUGGUGCCACGGCUACACGAGGCUGGUGGGGCGGCGAGGUGCCAGCCCAGCGAUCGUACAUGUAUGUUGGAGGACAAUAUGCUCAGAACAGUGCUGGCCAGCAUGUCUUCGCGAAUCAGAUGUACGUGGAAAAAUUGACCCCAGCCGAGGGUGUCACCAAGCCGUAUCCAAUUGUUUUUAUCCAUGGACAAGCUCAAACAGGCACAAAUUGGCUCAACAAGCCUGACGGAGGUGAAGGCUGGGCCUCCUACUUUCUCUCCCAAGGAUAUGCAUGCUAUAUUAUCGACCAGACCUUCCGCGGCCGCAGUGCCUGGUUCCCUGGCAAUGGGACGCUAAGCACGUAUAGCGCCGAGCUGUUGCAGCAGCGCUUCACCGCACCGCAACUAUACAACCUCUGGCCGCAGGCGUCUCUGCACACCCAAUGGAAUGGGACAGGCGUCAUGGGCGACCCGAUCUUUGACACUUACUAUUCCUCGACGGUGGAGUUCCUCAGUUCAGCCACCUACCAGCAAUCGACUGUCCAGGCCGCCGGCGCCGCCCUGCUCGACACCAUCGGAUCCCCAGUCAUCCUCCUCUCCCACUCUCAAGGCGGAUUGAUGCCCUGGCUCAUGGCGGAUGUGCGCCCGAAUCUCGUCCACUCCAUCGUCUCGAUUGAGCCCACCGGCCCUCCUUUCCAGGAGGCUGUGUUCAGCAACACUUCCGCCCGUGCUUACGGGCUUACCGAUAUCCCUCUAACCUACUCGCCCGCCGUGACCAAUCCUGUCACCGAACUGGUGAAGCAGGUAAUUCCUUCCAACUCAUCCCUGUAUUCCGACUGCGUCAUCCAGGCCGAUUCACCCGCACCAAGACAGCUCGUCAACCUCGCCCAUGUGCCCGUUCUGGUCCUGACGACCGAGUCGUCUUACCACGCGCCUUAUGACCGGUGCACAUUCCAGUUUCUGCAACAGGCAGGCGUGCCGGCUCAACACCUCCAGCUGGCGGAUAUCGGCAUACAUGGGAAUGGACAUAUGGUGUUCAUGGAGAAGAACAGUUUGGAAGUUGCGGCUAUCUUGCAACGGUGGAUGGAGCGGACGUAAUUCAUGGAAUGGAGAAGUUUGUUUCGCUGGCCAAAGCUGUAUUUUGAUCAUUUUCCUUCACUUUCCUCACACGAGGUACAGAAUAAUGGAGUAGAAAAAUGCCGCCUUCUAUCACCUCUUCUCAUACUAUAUACUGUCUUUUAAUAGGCAUCCAUGAC